AUGGCUACUCAACUCCUCGCCAACUGGGCCGUUGGCCUCAAGUACACCUCCAUCCCGCAAGAGGUAACCCAGGCCGCCGUGCGGAGCUUCUACAACUGGGUCGGCUGUACUGUCGGCGGAAGCGCGCAUCCGGCCACGACAAUUGCGCGCACAGCGCUGGCCCGGUUCUCUGGGGCGCCUACCUCACGCCUUCUGGGCUCGGAUGGAUCGGUGGAUGUCGAUGCCAUGCAUGCGGCGCUGUUCAAUGGCAUUGCCUCGCAUGUGCAUGACUACGACGAUACGCAUCUGGAUACAAUCAUCCACCCCACGGGUCCUGUGGCUGCGGCUUUGCUCGCCAUGGCCGAAGCAAGAGAUCAGCCGUGCUCCGGGCCGGAUUUCAUCACUGCGCUUGUGGCGGGCAUUGAGGCCGAAUGCAAGAUCGGGAAGGCCGUGUGGCCGGACCACUAUGAUGUCGGCUGGCACAUUACCAGCACGACGGGCUCCAUCGGCGCCGCCGUGGCAGUCUCCAAGCUACUCAGUCUGAACGCCUCCCAAACGGCGCACGCCAUCGGCGUUGCCGCAACGCAGGUCACCGGUCUGCGGGAGAUGUUCGGCUCGCACACCAAGUCCUUCCACCCCGGGCGGGCCGCGCAGAACGGUCUCCUGGCUGCUCUGCUCGCUGCAGAGGGAUAUACCAGCUCUGAGCAGGCGCUGGAGGCCAAGCGCGGGUGGGCGAAUGUCGCCAGCACGAUCAACAACCUCGACGCAGAGAUUGCGUCGCUUGGUCCGGCGGGCCGAUGGGAGAUCGCGCAGAACGCGUUCAAGCCGUUCCCGUGUGGGAUUGUCGUGCACCCCAUCAUCGACGGGUGUGUUGGGAUCCAUGCCGAGAUGAAGAAACAGGGUAUUUCCCCGGCACAGAUCGAGGAGGUGCACGCUGAUGUGCAUCCGCUCGUCCUGGAGCUGACGGGGAAGAAGACGCCCAAGGAUGGGCUGGAGGCUAAGUUCAGUGUUUACCACGGCGCGACUAUUGGGCUGUUGUUCGGCAAGGGCACGCCGGCGCAGUAUGAGGAUGCAGUGGUGAACGAUGCCUCGGUCGUGGCUCUGCGGUCUCUCAUCAAGGCGACGGCGGACACAAGCCUGCGGGCGGAUGAGUGUCGACUCACUGUGAAGGUGAAGGGUCAGAGUGCGCCGAUUGUGAAGCAUGUGGACCAUGCGGUGGGCAGUCUGGAGGUGCCGAUGACGGAUGAGCUGCUGACGGAGAAGUUUGUCGACCAGUGCAUCCCUGUCCUGGGCGAGAAGCGGACCGAGAGUGCGAGUGCCUGGUGCUGGGAUCUGGAGAAGCAGGCGGAUGUUCGUCGCAUCAAGGAUGUUCUGUGA